GGAAGGGGAGGAUCCGCCACCGCCCCAGAAAGCUGUGCCACUGGUACCGCCGCGCCCCUAGAUCGGUCGGUUCCCCUUGCUUCGCCGGCCGACCCUAGCUUCUCCGUGGCCCGGAGCCGCACCGGGGCAGGCGGAAGGGAGUCCCGCCGCUAUGUCUCAGCCCGGGACGGGGAGGCAGCCGCCCCCCGCCGCGCAUGGUGACAACAAGGCAAGUGGAACUUCUUCCAAAUCAGGAGAGAAAGAAGCAGGUGUAGCAGAGAAGAAAUCAGCAAGUGCUAGUGUUAGCCAACCCCUCAAAACACAGACAAUUGAAGCACCUUCUGCUGUUAAGAAGCAGUCCCCUACUGUGGAUGUAUCAAAACCCCAAACCAUGAAGCCAUCUGAAACAAAGCCUGCACCAACAACCAUAACAGAGUCUGGAAAAAGCACGCAGUCAACCAAGCCAACAGACUCUCAAAAUAAACAGCUGUCUGAAGAGAGGCAAAAGGAACCCAAUGGCGCAAAAAGCCAAACUUCCCCUUCUCUGACAACAAAUAAUGCAGAAAAAGUAACUACAGCUCAAGCUGGCCAGCCUCCAGAAGCAAUCUCCAUAGAGACAGCAAAGCCCAAGUCUGAGAAAAUGUCCACAGAGGCUUCUGCAGCUGGUGCAAGCGUAGUUCCUGUGGCUGAUAAGUCAAGCAGCGAGGCUGGAAUGGAUGAGUCAGCGCUAGAUAGCCUAAUAGAUACCCUGGGUGGACCUGAAGAAGUUGUGCCUACUAGUCCUGUUUACACUGGUCCAGAAGUUACGGAAGAUAUAUCUUCAAGAUACCUGGAAGAACUGGGUAAACGAGAAGGUAGUCUCCCUCCAGAGUAUGUUAAAUUGUUGAAGAGCAAAGGGGGUGGCAAAGAUGGAUUCCCACCAAAAGCAGAUGAACGAGAGGAAAAACCAAUGACAGAUGAUGAGCUUGCAGAGGCCUUGUCAUCAGACUUCACCUGUAGUACUGCUUCUGCUGAAGAAAAGACAAGUCUGACAGAGAAACCAAGUAAGGAAGGAGAAAUUGUACAAGCACAAGCAGUAAGUUCAGUAAACACCUCAGUUCCUCCUAAGGAGAAGAAAACAAAAUCAAAAGAGAAAAUUAAAGGUGUUGUAAUGGAAGUUCUUGGUACUCUUGGUGGACCUGAACCUGAAGAUCAUACCCCUGUUGUAGAGGUGGCAGUGGCUAAAGCUAAGGAGAAAAAGGAAGAAAAGGCUGGAGAACUUGAUGAUACGGUACCUCCAGAGUACAGGUUAACACUUAAGUUGGAUAAAGAUGGAAAACCAGUACUGCCAAAGCCUGAGGAAAAACCUAAGCCUUUGAGUGAAUCUGAUCUUGUUGAUGAAUUUUCAAAAGGCUUUGUGUGCUCUGCCCAGCCUGCAGUACAGUCCAAACCAUCAAAUCCCAGCAGCAUGUCCAGAACGCCUUCAGAUUCUGUGGCUGCAAAAAUUACUGAGGAUGAAGCAGUCCCUUGUGCCACAGCUUGCACUCUGCAGUCUUCAGCUGCAACAGCUGUGUCUUCACAGGUUGGCCAAGUGGCAGAUGAAGCACUGGAAGCCUUAUCCAGUACCCUAGGAAAGAUGGAGCCUGAUCCAGAUCAAAAGAAGCCUGCUGUGGACAAAAUUAAGGAGAAAACCAACCAGGAGCAACACAAAAAACUGGGUGAAGAUGAAGAAACAAUUCCUCCAGAGUACAGAUUAACAGAAGCAAAAGAUAAAGAAGGAAAACCACUCUUACCAAAACCAGAAGAAAAGUCCCAGCCUAUGAGUGAAAAUGAUCUUUUAGAGGGUUUGUCAGAAGGAUUUUCCUAUUCUCCAUCUCCAUCUGCACCACUACCUACACAAACUGUAAUAAAGAAAACCAAGAAGGUCAAAAAUUCUGCAGGUUCUUCCGACAUUGUCUCUGCUGCUACAGUUUCUUUAGUGCGCUCAGCAGCUCCCCUAGCUUCUACCUCUGGAGGGAAAGAGAUGGAUGAAGCCUUGGAUCUCCUGUCUGAUUCCCUGGGGCAGAGGGAACCUGUCCCUGAUGAGAACAAACUGGUUGUGGACAAAGUAAAGGAAAAGGCUAAAUCUGAACACAGAGACAAACUUGGAGAAAGAGAUGAUACCAUCCCACCUGAUUAUCAGGAACUUCUGGAGUCAGGUGAGCAGGGUAAACCAGUAAAUCCAACAGCAAAGGGCAGUGUGAAACACAGAGAACCAGAGAAGCGAGUGGAUGACUCUGCAGCUAUCGAUGCCCUAUCAGGUGACUUUGACACUAGUGCAAGGGCUCCUGACACACCACAGCACUCAAAGUGUAGGACAGAAGUGGAAAGGAAACCACUAAGCCAACCCCGAAGGCUAAGGGAAAACCCAAAGACCCUAAAACGGCAAAGGGACAGCCCUCCAGCAGCAAAUCUGAGAAGCAGAAAACAAGCUAAACAUUAACAUUAAAG